AUGGAGCAGUUGUUGUGAUUUUGCUCGGACUAUCAAUGAGGUUUCACAAGCUAUUUACAUGCGUCAUACAUGUUCAACGCUUCAAGUCUAGUGUGAGGGGACAUCUCGAGAGAUGUGUCUUAACAUCUGCAUCCAAGCUCCUAACUUCACAAGUACGAUGGUGAAUAUACCCCCCGACGAAAGAACGAUCUAUCUCGCGUUCAAGGACGUGUUCAAAGGUCCGGAUGCCAGACUACGAACCGACAAGGCCAUCAAGAGGAGAAUUCGAAAGUAUAGAACCCGCAGCGAAGAAAUCCAGGCACUACUGAAAGAGCACAACAUUGACAAUGUUCGCAAUUCGGUAAAGGCUCUCCUCGAAGGCGAUGUCUUUGCGUCAACACUGAGAGCCAAAAUUCACUUUCCGGAGCUCUUCGAUAUCUCUCCUGCGCAGUCUGCAGAGCGAGCAGCGUCCGAAGUCGAAGCAGCAAAGAAUGAAGCAGAGGCGAUAAGAGAGGUUGUCGUUGGGCAGCAAGACGGAAGCAUCUCGACGCCUGCUCAUGCAGAAUAUGCUGGUCCGAGCGAAAAACCGGAGAAGCAAGAAGAACCGGAAAAUGAGAUAAGUGGAUCGACUGGACCACUACCUGCGUCUGUUCAGAAAAAACAACGACUGGAGACGUUUGCCGAGUACUCCCUUUACCCGUCGUAUCUCCCUGCCAAAAGUCAGCGCCGGCUAUUGGGAAAGGUGCAGGAUAUGUUAGAAGAUGCGUGCUACAAGUUUGGGAAGCGAACAAUGAUGCAAGAACUUCGCAAAAACGGAUGGGACAGCCCCGAUUGUGUCGAACUCAAUGCUUGGAUGGGAAUCUUCAGAUUCCACGAAACGCUCUUCAGCUCAGAUAAGCUCGCAGCAGUUGGCAAACCCUUCCCAGAUCUCCGGAAUUCUAUAUCCCAAAUCAGGCAUGCUGCAGUACAUCGGCUCCGGAUCACCGCGGGAAGAGUUGAAACACUAUUAGCUGACGCAGAGACUCUCGCUGUACUACUCGAGGAUGAGGCUUGCGCCAGACAACUAUCGCGGCUUCGGAGAGAAACCCAUCUAGUUGUUGAAGAAUUUGGGCGAAACAAAGAUCUCCUCGAGCUCCGAUUCAUGGACAAGCGUAAGGAGAUAGCUGCGCGCAGGGCUGAGCUGGACCGCCUCGAACGUACAGCCUGGACUACCGCACUGGAAGAAGACAAGCUGUAUCAAAUCAUUGCAGGGUCACAUCUGGAGGAAAUAGCAGACGCACCUGAAACAACGUUGCACAGUGCUGCCAACUCGGAUGGGGGCGAAACUUCGGAGGAGGAUACAAGUGUUGCAAGUGAGGGGCCAGACCAGGAGUCUUUCAAGGAGCCGCUUUCCUCACACCUGACUUUAUAAUCGAUAUUCGUGUGUUAAUCAAUGACUAAACUCUGACCACUUCUGAUCGACCGCUCUUCUCCUUCUCCAGGAAGUCCUGCUGCUCAACCCUGCUCUUCGCGACAUCAACAAAGUAAAAGAGCCACGCGCAGCUAACCAAACUCAG